AUGGAGAGGCCAGAAAAGUCCAUCGAGCCAGCGACAGAUAGCCCAAAUCAGAGUCCACAAAUCUCCUUCGCGUCCUUUCCCACUCCCGAGUUAAUCGCCAUGCUCCAGGCUAGGGCGGCAGAUAGUCCAAAUCAGAGUCCACAAAUCUCCUUCGCGUCCUUUCCCACUCCCGAGUUAAUCGCCAUGCCCCAGGCUAGGGCACCGUUCCUGCCGCCGCCAUCUACACCGCACCACCUCCCACUUCCAAUGGCGCCGCCAUCGCGUCCUUCCAAUGGAGCUAAAGAGUACAUCACCGGCGACCGAGCCGAGCCUUGCGGGGAUGCCUACUCUGCUCUCUUCCCUAACUUUUUGAUGCCUUCAUCAGCUCCUGCUCCUCAGCCGCCGUCAAGGGGAAUAGCCGGAGACGAAGUCGAGCCCUGCGUGUCUGCUCCCUUCCCAAUCCCGGCAAUGGCCUCUUCGUGCCCUGCUCCCCGUCUCCUCCUCUUCCCCCCAGAUGUAGACUCGGGAAUUUCUGUAGAUACAAACUUAAUUUACUUUGAGACAAUCUAAGUUGUAGUGUAAAGGCUGAAUCUGGAUGCUAUUGGGUUUGUACAGAAUCUGUGUAAAUGUUGAAUUCUUUUGAGAUGUGAGAAAGUACGAAUCUGUGUAAA